AGUUGUGUUUAAUCAUUUCCAAUAAUAUAUAAUAAAAAUGGGCAACAAAAUUGUAACAUUCACUGAACAACAACUGGAUGACUAUCAGGAUUGCACGUUUUUCACACGCAAAGAGAUUUUACGUGUGCACAAACGCUUUCGUGAAUUACGCCCUGACUUGGUGCCGCGACAGAUGACCGAAGGUGAAGCUUCUACAGUUCGGGUGCCUCGUGAUUGCAUUGAGAAAAUGCCUGAACUAAAAGAAAAUCCUUUUCGUCGUCGGAUUUGUGAGGCCUUCUCACGUGACGGUCAAGGCGAUCUAUCGUUUGAAGAUUUUCUCGAUGCUUUAUCGGUAUUCAGUGAACAGGCACCGCGUGAUAUUAAAGUAUUUUAUGCUUUCAAAAUUUAUGACUUUGAUGAGGACGGUUUUAUAGGGCGCAACGACUUGCUGGCCUGCCUGACCACCAUGACCAGAAAUGAAUUAAGCCCUGAGGAACAUCAACAAAUAGCCGACAAAGUUAUGGAGGAAGCCGAUGUUGACGGUGAUGGUAAAUUAUCCUUUUUGGAAUUCGAACACGUCAUACUCCGAGCUCCUGACUUCCUCUCAACAUUUCAUAUAAGAAUUUAA